UUCUCUAGCGAACCAAAUUCUUGCUUUUAAACUAAAAUACCACUGGAGAAAAAGUUCAACUGAAAGAAAGAGAGUUUCCAAAAUGGUGACUGGCUGGAGAAGAGCUUUUUGCACUUCCAUUCCCAAGAAACAAGACAGCCCAGUUUUACCAGAAAAACAACAACAACAACAUCAGCAAAGCAACAGCACCAAAAGUCCAAAAUUUACCUCAAAGUUUGGGUUUUUCUCCAACCCAUCAACGCCAAGGUUACAAUCUCAACCCGUUUCAAGCCCAGGUCUUCGUUGCCGAACCACUUCCACACCAACUUCUUCACUUCCCAAUACCCCCAAACUCCAUUGCAAAACAUCCCAUUUCUCCAAUCCUUCCUCUCCUAAAUCUCCUUCGAGUUUCUCCUUCUUUAAAGCCCCUCUCCGCCUAUCCAAAGGUGGUCGAUGUGUAAUCUGUUUACAAAGCCUCAAAACGGGCCAAGGCAAGGCGAUUUUCACGGCGGAGUGUUCCCAUUCCUUUCAUUUCCCUUGCGUCGCCGCCCAUAUCAAAAAGCAACAAUCACUAAUUUGCCCCAUCUGUUCCACCACCUGGAAAGAGCUCCCUUUACUCUCCCUUCAACCACCCGAGCAACCUAACAAGUCAUCUCUCAAAAACAUCAAAACGAAAUCGCUUCGGGUAUAUAACGACGAUGAACCAUUGGCCUGCCCUUUUUCUCUUUCUCAGUUUAAUCCCAUUCCUGAAUCCGAAGAAACCGAAAACGACGACGUAGAAGAGGAAUUCCAAGGGUUUGUCGUUACUCCGAGGAGUGCGAAAGAAAUUGGAGUUAAUGCAAGAAAUGUGGAAGUUAGGUUGUUACAAGAUGCGGCGAGGGUGGCAGUUGGUAGGUGUUAUGAAAGUUAUGUGGUGGUUAUGAAAGUGCACGCGCCAACCGUGACCCGUGGGAUGAAGAGGGCUCCGAUUGAUUUGGUUACGGUUUUGGACGUCAGCGGGGCUGGGAUGCGGUUACAGAUGGUGAAACGAGCGAUGAGUUUGGUUAUCUCUUUGCUUAACGAAACCGACCGAUUGUCGAUCGUGGUUUUUUCGUCGAGUUCGAAACGGUUGUUGCCGUUGACUAGGAUGAGUUCCAGCGGACGGAGAUCUGCAAAAAGGAUUGUUGACGCGCAAGGGAGUAACGGGCAAGGGAUGAGUGUCAACGACGCUCUUAAAAAGGCGGCCAAAGUUUUGGAAGAUCGUAGAGAGAAAAACGCCGUUGCCAGCAUCAUGAUCUUAUCCGACGGUCAGGAUAAACAGUCCCAAACGAAAUCCCCCAAUCAGAACCUCCCAGUUGUUUCAACAACGCGGCUGGCGCAUUUAGAAAUCCCCGUGCACUCCAUCGGUCUCGACACGUGCACUCACGCUCCAAACGACGACGCGUUCUGUAAAAUCGUGAACGGUCUUUUAGGCGUGGUGGUUCAGGAUGUCAGGCUUCAACUGGGAUUCGUAUCCGGGUCAGCCCCAGCCGAGAUUUCAUCGGUCUAUUCAUUGACGACCCGACUAGCCUCAGUCGGGUCGAAAUCAGUGUGGGUCGGAGAUUUGUAUUCUGACGAGGAGAAAGAAUUAUUGUUGGAACUAAAAGUACCCGUAUCUACUAGUGGGUCCCACAGGACAAUGUCCGUACGAUCAUCUUACAAAGAUCCAUUUACUCAGGAGAUGGUCUACUCGAGGCAUCAAAGACUGUUAAUACCUCGGCCGCCACAGUCCGUACGAUCUUCGUCGCACAGCAUCGAGAGGUUGAAGAACCUUCACGUCAGCACGCGUGCCGUUGCGGAGUCUCGUCGGUUGAUAGAGCGGAACGAUUUUUCGGGGGCGCACCAUUUGCUUACCUCGGCUCGAGCUCUGUUGAUGCAAUCGGGUUCGAGCUCGGCUGAGGAAUUUAUUCGCAGGUUAGAAAUCGAGUUAGCCGAGUUGAACCGGCGGCGCCUCAGACAAAUGGUAAAUAAUAAUAAUGGUCAAGUUGAGGAAAAAGCUGAGCCGUUAACUCCGACGUCGGCCUGGAAAGCCGCUGAGAGAUUGGCUAAACUGGCGAUUAUGAGGAAGCAUAUGAAUAGAGUCAGCGAUUUGCAUGGAUUUGAAAAUGCCAGAUUUUAGUUUUAGUUUUUUUUUUUUUUUUCAACUUUUCUUCUUUUUCAGCCGACUGUUUUGUAAUGCAAAACCAUUAGUAAUAUAAUUUUGUUAAGAUAGA